GUUGUCUCAGGUGGAUAACCUGGCUUUUACUUUGCGACGCACCUCUGAAAAACUUGAACUUCUCAACUCACCACAAAUACUGGCUCAACCAUCCUGGCAGAAUACUACCCACGGAUAAUGUGAUUCCUGGAGAUUAAUCUACAUCUGAGCAAUUAUAUUUACACAUCAUUGUUACCCGUCUUUCCGCCAAGAUGGAAGCAAGCGCUACCACCUGGGAGUUAGACAGCGAUGAGAUCGCAUCUAUCGCCUCUGAGGACUUGCACGAACAUAGACCGAAUCGCUGGACGGGCGCUAAAUCGACAUGGCGCACUCUGACGGAAGAGGACAGACUGCUCUGGCAAUCAAUGAAGCAGAUUAAAGAUCAGGAUCUCGCGGUGCAUUUAUACAAUGCUUUUGCGCUAAAGCGACGAGGCCGAAAUCCAGAGACAGCACAGGAUUUAGUCGUCAGAACAGAAUCUGGUGAAGAAGGUGUUUGGGCACCGCCCAAGGCAUGGACUGCAUGGCCGCUCAAACAUAAACAUGUGCCCAAGGAGUGCUUCACCAACGAACAGCACGACGAAGAUGACCAUUUUACAUUCCGCAGAGAGGAAGAGAUACUCCCCAGUACUGAGCUUGAAGAAGAAAUAUCUGCCACUAUCUUGAGAACUGCCAAGCGUCGGUUCCGCAGGAGGAAGAGCAAGAUGGCCAAACCGUCCAUCGAAGAAGAUUCCACGCCUCUAUAUAAUGAGAGUGGCAACAGCACACCUGAUCCUUUGUCACGCGAAUCUUCUGCCAAGCUUGAGACUGAUGAAGGCAAAGAAGAAGAUGAAGAUGAAAAGAUGGCUGUCGAUGAAGAAGAUGGUCGGCGUACACGACGUAAUCCCAAAACUUAUGAACCAGUCGAGUCCACCAACGACGAGGCAUCCUAUGCCCUUUUACGUCCACCAACACGACACAUUUUAUCACAGCUGGACAAUACACUAAAAAUACUUCACAAUUCACGUAUUACAGGCAUGAAUUAUCUCUCUGAUUCUUCAACUGAAGAGGAGUCAGAUAACCAGAGCCAAAGUGGACAGAAGAGAUCUCGUGGUCGUCCGCGAAAAAUUCUACAUGAGGUUGACACAUCUGCAUCUACCUCACCAGCGGGAGCUGGUAAAACCAGCAGACGAGGUCGCCCCCGAAAAGUCCAUAUCCCUCAUGCUGGAGAAUCACAUGAAGAGAUGCUUCAACGUGUUGCUCGUGAAUCUCAUCGAAAGAUCCCCUCGACGCUUGAAGACAGAGACGCAGCUUUUGAGGAGUGGAUCCGCAAAGGUGACGAGAUCAUUGAGCGAGAGCGAGAGCGAUCACGAUCUCUAUCGUUGAAACGAGCAACUUCUCAAGGGGCAGAGACGGAGGAGGAAUCAGUACCAGGAACAAACGCUGAACGUAAGCUCUUAAGAUGGGGCUUGCGUGAUUGGAGCGAUGUGCUGGGCGCAGCUGCUAUAGCAGGUUUCUCAGGCGAUGUCAUUGCGAGAGCGACACGAAGAUGCGCUGAUUUGUUUGGUGAAGGAAUGGUAGUGAGGACGCUGAAGGAAGUGCCUGCCACUAAUGAUAAAGGCACCACUUCUGUCGAGUAUCGUCCUGAGCCUAUCCAGCUAUCCUACUCGGAUGAAGAAGCCAAUGAUGAAAGCGAUGAUGCCGCAGAUCUCAUACAGCGUCGUAUCGCAUCCCGUCAAGCCUCUCUCGCAUACUCAAGUCGCAGCCCAGACUCCGUUAGAAGCCCCAGCCGUCACUCAACACGCUCUCCAGGACCAUCAUCAGCCGCCCGGUCUCCGAGCUCCCGCUCCAACUCUGCAGGUGGAAUGUUAUUUUGUCCAAUUCCCUCAUGCGACCGCGCUGCACAGGGUUUCGCACGCAAAGCAAACCUUCGACGGCAUAUGGAGCUUAUACACCAGGGACAGACGGAAGAACUUGACAGUGACGAGGAGGUUGCAGGUGGUGUACAUGUGGAUGGCUUCCUCAAGCCUAUUGUGCCGGGAAGGGGCUGGAGAGGCGAGGACACUAUUCAGAGGAAGAGGAAGAGAUUCUACGGUGAUAAACCUGGGAUGAGCCGUGAGACGAGUUAUGCCGAAGAGGAUCUGUCCUCAUGAAACAGGAGUAAUUCAGAGUGCCACUAUUGUUGAACGACCUUCUGGCCUAGUAACGAGGGAAAGGGUUUGGUUGAUUCAUACAUUGCUCACGGCAUGCAUGGUACAAUGCGAAUAUCUAGUACAAAAGAAUAAAUAAUUUCAUAUCUGAUGGUCCUCUCUUUUCCCUUCUCUAGCUGUACGUGCCCCCCGGAUGAAGAAGAUAAAUAGGUAACAAAAGAUUCCAUGCAGGUAGAAGAAACAGCAAAAGAGAAACUCCGGUACAGGGAAUCGAACCCUGGGCUCCGCGGAACUGAUCUCUCAGGUUAUGAGAGCGCGAAAUGUUAGCCACUACACCAUACCGGACGGUGACUUGU